UUUGUUACAAAACCUCAGCUUUUCUUUUUCUUGGAAAAUCUGACAAUCUGUGAAACAAGUGCUGCUGCAUUAGUAUUAGUAGUAACUAGUAUGGCAAGCUUCAAAGCUAGUACUAUUCUCAUGUGAUGCAUCUGAUACAUGUUUACCACCACCAAGUUUCUAGUUUUUGGCAUUUUUUUUGGAUGAUUUCUUCAAACUAACAAGAAACUGAAAAUUCCCUUCACAAAUUACUAUUUUCCUUUGUUUCUAUUCAGACAAAAACAGCCUCAUAUCCUUUUUUUUGCAAUCUGAAUUCCAAAUUUCCUCAAUGGAAAAAACUGUUUUCUUGUUUCUGGCUUUCUUCUGUUUCUGGUCUUCUUCCAUUGCUAUGCUCACACCAAAUGGUGUCAACUUAGAAGUGGUGGCUUUGAUGGAUAUAAAGAAGUCUCUGGUUGAUCCUCAUGGAGUUCUGAACUGGGAUGAGAAUGCUGCUGAUCCAUGUGCCUUUUCUAUGGUUAGCUGUCUUCAAAAUAGUGUUGUCUUACUAGCAAUACCCAGCCAAAGUUUGUCAGGGAAAAUAUCAAGAAGUAUUGGGAACUUGACACACCUCACAAGUCUGCUGUUGCAGGGCAAUAACAUAACUGGGGAAAUACCUCCUGAGUUGGGAGAGCUCCCUAAGCUUCAACAGCUUGAUCUCUCAGAUAAUUUGCUCACAGGAGAGAUACCUCCUUCUUUAUCUCACCUAAGAAGCCUUGGAUACAUGAGGUUGAGCAAUAACAGUCUGACUGGAACUAUUCCUCAGGAAUUGGGAAACAUGACACAGCUGAAAUUUUUGGAUUUGUCAUUCAAUAAUUUGAGUGGGCCAGUGCCAAAACUUCUUGCAACAACAUUCAAUGUUCUGGGAAAUCCUAUGAUAUGUGCAACUGGCAAGGAGCCAGACUGCAAUGUCAGUGUACCAAUGCCUCUCUCUUUCUCUCAGAUUCCUCAGCCAUCAUCAUCGAGCUCGGAUAGCCACAGAGUCGCGCUCGCCCUUGGCUCGAGCCUUGGCUGCAUCUGCCUACUGGUUCUUGGAUUUGGCUUCCUGCUGUGGUGGAGGCACAAGCACAACAAGCAGAUAUUCUUUGAUUUUCAUGAACAACAUGAAGAAGUGUGCCUAGGCAACCUAAAAAGGUUCCAAUUUAGAGAGCUCCAAUCUGCAACACACAACUUCAGCAGCAAACACUUGAUAGGGAAAGGCGGUUUUGGCAACGUCUACAAGGGGUGCCUCCCCGAUGGCUCAGUCGUGGCUGUGAAGAGGCUCAACGAUGGCAACAACAGAGGCGGAGAGAUCCAGUUCCAGACAGAGGUGGAGAUGAUCAGCCUAGCUGUCCACAGGCACCUCCUCCGCCUCUACGGGUUCUGUAUCACCCCAACGGAGAGGCUCCUCGUCUAUCCCUACAUGUCCAAUGGAAGCGUAGCUUCGCGCCUCAAAGGGAAACCAUCAUUGGAUUGGAGUACAAGAAAAAGGAUAGCUUUGGGGGCAGCAAGGGGUUUGCUAUACCUUCACGAGCAAUGUGAUCCGAAGAUCAUUCACAGAGACGUCAAGGCGGCUAACAUACUACUUGAUGACUACUUUGAGGCAGUGGUGGGUGAUUUCGGGCUAGCAAAGCUUCUUGAUCACCGCGAUUCACACGUUACCACAGCUGUCCGUGGCACAGUCGGGCACAUAGCACCGGAGUACUUGUCCACAGGCCAGUCCUCUGACAAAACAGAUGUUUUCGGAUUCGGGAUUCUUCUGCUAGAACUCAUCACUGGCCAGAGGGCACUUGAAUUUGGCAAAGCAGCAAACCAGAAAGGAGCCAUGCUUGAUUGGGUGAAGAAGAUCCAUCAAGAAAAGAAGCUAGACAUGCUAGUGGACAAGGAUCUGAAGAGCAACUACGACCGGAUUGAGCUGGAGGAGAUGGUGCAGGUGGCCUUGCUGUGCACCCAAUACCUCCCCUUGCAUAGGCCGAAGAUGUCGGAAGUGGUGAGGAUGCUUGAAGGAGAUGGGCUGGCAGAGAAAUGGGAGGCGUCGCAGAGAGCAGAGACAACUAGGUGCAGGGCUAAUGACUUCUCAGCUUCCCAGAGAUACUCUGAUCUUACCGAUGAUUCAUCGAUACUGGUUCAGGCAAUGGAGCUCUCUGGACCUAGAUGAUGAUGGAUCCUAUUCUACAAUAACACCAAAAUUUUGCAGGCCAAACAAAAUCAAUCAAGGAGAGUGGCUUUUCUUCGAGUUUUGGAGGUUGCAAGUUGUAAAAAUAAUGUUAUAAGGAAGCCCAGUUUAUCUAUAUGAGAGGGUCUGAUAUUUAAUUUCCCUAAUGUACAUUCGACCCCUUUCUCAACUAUAUACUGUGUGAGUAGAGUUGGAUCAUAUACUCUUCUGUUCCA